GUUAAUAAUAAUAAAAAAUGGACUAUUGUGGGCGCAGGUGCAGCAGGUAUGGCAGUAGUUGGUAAAUUAAUAGAUAAUGGUGUGGAUUUAAAUGAUUUAUGUUGGAUAGAUCCAGAUUUUAAAGCAGGUGACCUUGGUAUGAAGUGGCGUACAGUCUCAAGCAAUACAACUGUAGAGUUAUUUACAAGAUUUCUUAACAAGUGCGAAUCAUUUGGCUAUAAAGAUUGCCCAAUAGACUUUAAGCUUAAUCACCUUGUACCAAAAGAUACAUGUCAGCUUAACGAAAUUGCAGAUCCUUUACAAUGGGUUUCUGAUAGAUUAAUCAAUGAAAAAAAAGUACCAAUAAUCAGAGGAUUAGUAAAACAAGUUAAAAAAUGUGGUGAUCACAAGUGGUGUGUUACAGUCGAAGCAAAUAACAAUAAUAGUACUAUUACAUUUGUAUCAGAUAAUGUAGUUUUAGCAGUUGGUGCAGAGCCAUUAUAUUUACCAGUACCAGAUGCAUCAGAGCUUAUUACAGUAGAACAAGUUAUCAAUCCAGAAGAGUUAAAAAAAGUUUGCACAAAAGAUGAUACAGUAGCUGUUUUUGGUAGUUCACAUACUGCAAUCAUUGCACUUUAUAACAUUACAGAUCAUUGCGGCUCAAAAAUGAUUAAUUUCUAUAGAUCACCACUUAAAUAUGCUGUUUAUUACGAAGAUUGGAUCUUGUACGAUAAUACAGGUUUAAAAGGUUACUCUGCAAAAUGGGCAAAAGAAAAUAUUGAAAAUAACCCAAUUCAAAAUUUAGAAAGAAUUCAAGUAAACAACCCAUCCUAUAAAGAAAAAUUAUCACAAUGUAAUAAAGUUGUUUAUGCAAUUGGUUUCGAAAGAAGAAAUAACAUUGAUAUUCAACUCGAUAGUGAUGAUCAAAGUUCAAAUACUCAUCCAUUGAAAUAUAACGAAUCAAAUGGUGUUGUUGCACCAGGUCUCUACGGUAUUGGUAUUGCUUUCCCUCAAUUUAAACCUGAUCGUCAAGGUAACUACGAAUAUAAUGUGGGUUUAUGGAAAUUUAUGGUUUAUUUAGAAAAUGUUUUACCACUUUGGUUA